AUUAUAACCUUUAAAAGCCCCCCGCCCCACUCCAUUUAAUCUUCUCCUACUUUCAAACCCUAAAUCAAAUCCAAGAAGGCAAAAGAAAUCUUAACUCUGUUUUUUGCCCCCAAAGCGAUGAGAGUCCCGGUUUCUUCUCCACAAAGCAACCAUUGUCAAAGCCCGAAACCUAACAACAAUAACACUACUACUACUACUACUAAUACAAUUCGGAACUUAAGUUUCCAUGGGGUGAACAGUGUUCCAACCUCAUGCUAUGAGCCAACUUCGGUUCUCGAUCUUCGUCGAAGCCCGAGUCCGGCGCCCGAGAAGCCUGUAUCGAAUCUGGCCGAUGUUUCGAAUUUUAUCGCGGGAUCCGAUUCGCCACCUCAUCACCAUCAGGCGCCUCUUGAGUGGGACGAGCAUGUGCUACGAAACAUGGAUUGGGAUUCCAUCAUGAAAGACUUGGGAUUAGAUGACGAAUCAGUACCGUCUAUCAAAACUAUUCCUCCUCGAGCUAUUAGUCCUUCCUGCGAGAACCGUAUCCAGAACCUAACUGAGUUUGCUUCCAGCGAGAUGACUCACCACUCUGAGUUUAACAAUCUUUACGAGUUUUAUUCUGGUUUAAAUGAAAACCCAUCUCAUCAAAGUGAUUUUAACGCUGGUACCAUCACUAAUAACUACCUUGAUAUAUCUAACAGUUGUGGUUUUCAUAAUAUUGGCAACUUCAACUUAGGAUUUGAUUUUAUAGAAGAGCUGGUAAGAGCCGCGGAUUGUUUCGACACCCAUGAAUUGCAACUCGCGCAGGUGAUAUUGGCACGGCUCAGUCAGCGGCUGAGAUCUCCGUCAGGGAAGCCGUUGCAGAGAGCCGCUUUUUACUUCAAAGAAGCCCUUCAAUCUCUGCUCAACGGGUCAACUCGGUCGGCUCUUUUGUCUUCGUUGAAUGAAAUCGUUCAAACCGUCAAAGCGUACAAGGCCUUCUCUGGGAUCAACCCUUUACCUAUGUUCAGCCAGCUCAGCACCAACCAAGCGCUCCUUGAAGCACUGGAUGGAUCAGCCCCGUUGAUUCACAUAAUUGAUUUUGAUAUCGGACUGGGUGGCCAAUACGCUUCUUUGAUGAGAGAAAUGGCUGAGAGAAACGAUCAUUCUGGCAAGUUCAUUCGCAUAACUGCGGUGGUUCCCGAGGAAUAUGCGAUUGAGACAAGGCUUAUUAAAGAAAGCCUUGUUCAGUUCGCUCAAGACCUUAAGUUAAGGUUCCAAAUUGAGUUUGUUCUCCUUCGGACCUUCGGAAUGUUGUCGUUUAAAGCUUUUAAGUUCAUUGACGGAGAGAAAACGGCAAUCCUUUUGUCCCCGUCUAUAUUCCGAUGUCUCAGCUUAAACGUGACGGCGUUCUUGAGUGAUCUUCGAAGGGUUAACCCGAGCAUCGUCGUUUUUGUAGAUAGUGAGGUGUGGAUGGAGUCUGGGACGACGUCGUUCAGAAAGAAUUUCGUCAACGGUUUGGAGUUCUACGCCAUGAUGUUCGAGUCAUUGGACGUGGCCAUGGGGACCGGGGAAUGGGUGAGGAAGAUAGAAACGUUGUUAUUGCGACCGAGGAUACUAGCGGCGGUAGAGACAGCGGCGAAGAGUACGGCGCCCCCGUGGAGGGAGAGGUUUCGAGGGGCGGGGAUGAGGGCGGUGCACUUGAGUCACUUGGCGGAAUUUCAAGCAGAGUGUCUGUUAGGGAAGGUGCAGGUCCGGGGAUUCCACGUGGCGAAAAGGCAGGCGGAGUUGGUGCUUUGCUGGUACGAGAGUGCCUUGGUUGCCAUGUCGGCGUGGAGGUGCUAAGUAAAUAAAUUAGUCCAGCUGGAUUUAGAAUUUUAGUAUUUUGCAUGGCCUUUUUUUUCUUU